AUGGAGAACCUUCUCUGUCCUCUGAAAAGCGCCAUUGCUACCUGGCAGCGCUCCAGUCCUUGCUGGAUGAUGGAUGUCAUCCUUGGCAUUGUGUGUGGAGCGCUGCUCUUCCUUGUGUUCGUCCGCCACUCCGAGAGUGAUGGACCCUCAGCACCCCGGAGGGAACAUGGAAACACCAGGAAGCGUUCAGUGGAGCCCAGGAGGAGCAGGAGCAGCAGGAGCAGGAGCAGGAGGAAAAGUGCAGCUUUGAAAGCCUGCAGAGAGUGCCUGCAAGACCUGGAAAAGACUCGGGGCCUAAUUAAUCUUCUCGGAAGCCACCUGGGGAGGCCCCCUGAACAGGGCGGCUUUGGUCAGCGCUCCUGUCAAGACCCCUCUGGUGAGGUCUGCGAAGCUGCGCCUGCUGGAGCCAACGGGCCCUGUGAGGCGCCUGUGGAAGAUGCUGCUCCCACCAUGUGCCCCUCGGCCUCUCUGGCUCCUGUGACUGAGUGCCCGUUACCUCCGGCCUCCACCUUGUCACCAGGACCGACCACCUGCUCUGUCCCCCUUCAUUCCCACUCACCCCCGAGUGCCUCUCGGACACCAGAGCCUUUUCUUUUGCUGGAUGACCUUUCACCCCAGCCACUUGCACUUUCCUGUUCCCCUUCACUUCCCCCUGAUUCAGGGGCUCACCCUCCACGUCCCACAGCCUCCUCUGCCUCACCACCACCAGCGUCCACUCUGACUCUUCCCCAGUGUGACUCAGUGGCACUGGCAUUGGGCCCCGUCCCGAAGAGCUCAUGUGCACACACACCUCGGUUGGCUUCUCCCUCCCCAGUUCAACUGCAGGCCACAGUCUCUCCACUGCUUUCCCAUCCCCAGUCCAUGUCUCCCUUGGCUUUCCCAUCUCCACCUUUGCUUCCAACCGUGCCUCAAUUACCACCCCCACCUCUGGCUCAGGUCCAGCCCCGAUGCUCUCUACCAGCCCUACCACCUUCUUCUCCACCUCAGAUUGGAAGCUGUGGAGUGUCAUGCCCGACAGCCCAGAAUGAGACACAAUUUUUAAUCCCAAUUGAGACUCCACAUCCGGAAAGGCCCUCAUUGCAGAAGCAAGUAGAAAGCGGGUGGGAUUUAACCUCUGUAGUCAAAAGGUCUCAGGAAGUCUUCAGUGUCUUCACUUCCAACUGUCCCAAGGACAGCAUCCUUCCUGAGAAUUUUCCUAUCAAUCCUGAGCCCCGGAAGCAACUGGAGCCACAUCUGCAAAACUGGCAUAUGCAACACAGCUGGGAGCUGUCCCCCAAGAUCCAAGAACCUCCCAAACCAGGGCAACAGCAGAGCGAAUUACCAGACACAUGUCAGGCAGAGGACAAGCAUGAGUCCUCACAGCCCUCUUCACACACAGGUGAAAGCAGCAACGAUACACAGAACGUGGGGCUCCAGCUAAGCCACGUCACAGGGAAGGUCCCAAAAGAUCUCUCCAGGGGUUCAGAAAGCUCCCUAGUGACAUUUCAGAGGGUAGACUCUGAGGAGUCAGAAAGUGACGUGAUGCUUUUGAGAAGGGACUCUGGAAGUGAUUUACUGAGGAACUUAGACAAAAAUCUAGAAAACACGCUAAAAGGCCACUUGGGCAGCAAGUUGGGACAGAGGAGCAAGAGCCUGAUGAGUGUCCAUGGACGCUGGCUUGAUGUCAGCCACUGUUCUGCCAAGGCUGACACUCACAUAGAAACCAAAAAUCUGGGAAUUUUGAAGGAUUGGGAACCCUGCAUGAACGCGUCUUUUGGGGUGGUCUUUCUUAAUACUAACAUUCAAAAAGUGCUAGAAGCACAUAUUACAAAGUUUUGGGUGAAGCACAGGUGGGGCCUGCCCCUCAAGGUCCUCAAGCCAAUGGGUCUCAUUAAGUUGAAAAGGGCUCAGACCUCACCCAUUCCACACUCAUCUACCUGUGUAUCUGGGGCCUUCUCAAUAGACAAAUUCGUUGAGUUUCAGGAAAAACCAUCUCGGGCCUGUCCAGGAGAGAAAGUGAAAACAGAUGACUCAGUUCCCACCCUGGCAAGGUCUCUCCUUGCCCCCUCACGUGUGUGUGAGGAAAUGCAGAGUGCUCUGGGAGGGACCCCACCUGGUGUUGGCCAUGGUCCUUCAAAGGCCUCUCUGACUAGACAGGAGGGUAGUCCACCAUCUCAGUCUGUCUCACUCACCUGGAAGAGUAAGGCUAUGGAGUGGGCUAAGCAGGAUAGUCUAGAUCUCAGUCCAGGUUCAGCCAUGGCCAGGAAUGAUCCAAGAGGGAAGGACAGGGGUGGGGCCUCACAAGAGCCCUUCAAUAGCAUAUCUGUGCAGGUGAUGAACUUAAUAUCCCAAUCUUUGAGGGUCAAAGAGGUCAAGGAGACAAUGGAGGCCAGUGUGUCCCCUGCUCUUCAAGCAGAGUUGCGAACCAAUGUACAGACAAUAUCCCAAAACAUCAAUGCACCUUUGAAGAGUGUAGAAUCUCCAGGGACCAGUAAUGACUCCCUAGUCCCUAGAACAUCUUUUCUCCAAGAACGAGGAGAGCCAUGCCUUAACAAAGAGGUCAUUAAUGAACUUAAGUCUAUAGUGCAGGUACCGUCAAAGAACCAACCUCAAGACAGUAACACACACAUGCCUCCUGCUGCAGACAAGGUGCACCAUCGCCACUCCCAAAGAGUGCCCCCUGGAGUCAGGCCAGCGUCCCAUAUGUUAUGUGGCCUUAAGACACCCCAAAGGAGCAGCCAAGGGAAGCAGGAAUCCAGAAUAUAUAUGCAGGUCUCGUGGAAGAAUCAGAGACAAAUGAUUGCCCCUACCUACAUGAGAGAGAAUUGUAGGAGGCCCAACACAAGAGAGCAGGCAAAUGGGCCUGAAAAAUUGGGGACUUCUCAUACUAUUAGAAUGACCCCCUCUGCCAAAGCUAAGGACACAGCGGACUCUGUUGAGAGGCAAUACCCCUAUCUGGAGCCAGAGAAGAAACAGGGUCCUUCAGAAAGUUUCUUCAGACAAACAAUGAAGCUCUUUUCUCAGGGUUUUUUCCCCAAUAAAAAACCCAAAAGUCAGGAUGCUCUACUACACUACAAACUCAAUUCAGCUACUGUCCAGAAUGAAGGACCAGGCAAAAGCAUAUCAGUUAUGGGAAGCAAGAUCCCUGAGGCUCAGACACUCAUAACAACUGUAGGGCAGAUUCUCGAGGAGAAAAUUCACCAGGGACUUGGUACCACAGCAUUAAGUGAGCACAAACAGGAACCCAAUACCCCAGUGUGUAGGUAUGUUUGCUACCACAGGCUUCCUUUCUGUGAGAAAGGGGGAGUGAUGAGUCACACAGCCUGCAGGCACCAGGCCAACUCUAAUCAGAGUUGUUCCAGGAGGAAAGGGCGAGUCAGACACACAGAGUGCUUGAAAAGCAGCAAAUUCAAUGAUGAGCCCUUGGGCCUGAGUCGCCCCACAUUCCUGGCCUCCAAGAAAUCUUUGUCUUCAGUGAGAUCCUGCCAGCAUGGGCCAAAGGGGCCAGAUGCCCUGGGCCACCAUCAGCACUGCCCGAGGCUCUGUCUUUUUCCAGUGGGUGUCUUGUCUGGUCGACCAUAA